CGGGGGUGAGGGUAUAUAAACCCAGCUUGAGCGACUUAGCGUGCUGUUUUAGGCUUGUACUUGUAGUAUCACGAACGAGACUUUUUAUAAACAUAUGUUCGUAGACUACAAAGGUUGACGAAGACGAAGAGUUUUCGCAUCUACAAAUCGAGAGGUAUGAAUUCUCUUCCUUCAAUCUCUGCAUUUCCAUCGAAAUCGCCGAUAAUUAUCCUUUUGUUUCAUGUUAUCGUUUAUGCGAUGUUCAUUUGUGAUGUUCUGUUUCGCUUUUUCGUAUUCCUUUCCGUCUUUCCGAUGAUUUUCACUCCGACCGAUGUAUGAGCUAGUUAGGUAUAAUUUUAGGAACACAAAUCGCUGUAAAUUCCACUCUUUAUGCAUGCGGAAGCUAAGAUUUUAAAUUGAUGUUAAGAUUGAUUCGUUUCAACUCCGACACUACGUUUUUAGCUUGAUUUCGUCAUCGAUUUUGUUUAUCCUCCGUCGAUUUUAUGGAGCGUAAAGUUCUAUGUUGAUGUUAAGGUAAAAUUUUAUUCGUAGCUGAAAUCACUCUGUUUGACAAUCAACAUAAACGGACUCGUUAUCGCAAUGGAAGGAGAAAUCCAGAAGGUGAUGAAUUUCUUUGAUCGAGAAUGCUGUGAUUGAUUAUCGUUGAAAUGGGAAAUUAGGGUUCUUAGUUAUCACUUGUGCACAUCUUAGUAUUGAUUUUGUUGUUUAAUAUUGUUCAGUCUUUUCCAUUAAUGGAAAUCGAUGAAGCCUAGAAUAAGCUGAGAAAUCACAAAAAGGGGAAUUAAAUUCAAAAUUGAAGAUACAAACAAUGGUGCUAAAAGCAGAAAGUUACUCAGAUAUUCUCAAGGGUAAAAUGGUCACAAAAGGAGAAGAGUACACAGAACUCAGUCAACUCACCAAUGUUGCUAACACUGCAAGUCAAGAAGCAUCACGAAAGAGAAAAAGGAGAAAAGCAAAGGAUAAAUGUGUCAUUUUGAAUCUGAAUGAUAAUACUUCAUCAAUUCAAGAUCUUCCUACACAAAUGGAUACAAUUAUCACUAAAUCUCAUCCUGAAAAACUCAUCAUUGGUAGCAUACAAAUCCUCAUUGAUUAUUCCUACCUUAAUGGAAUCCAAAUCAUGAAAACUCAUGUUGCCACGUCAGCAAAAAAGCUUUUGAUUCUUGAUGUAAAUGGAUUGCUAGCAGAUAUCGUUUCUCCCCCUCCAAAAGAUCUCAAAUCAGAUAAAAAUAUUUCAAGAAGAGCAAUAUUCAAGAGACCUUUUUUGGAUGACUUUUUAAGAUUUUGCUUCCAAAGAUUUGAUGUUGCAAUUUGGUCAUCAAGAACAAGGAAAGUUCUAGACCCUGUGGUUGAUUAUUUGUUAGGAGAUUUAAAGAAGAAGUUGUUGUUUCUUUGGGAUUUGUCACAUUGCACAAAUUCAAGUGCUAGGAGCCUUGAAAACGUACAUAAGUUCAUAGUUUUUAAGGAAGUCAAGAAGAUUUGGGAAAAAAUUGAAUUUUAUGAUGAAUCAAAUACAUUGUUGUUGGAUGAUUCUCCAUAUAAAGCGUUACUAAAUCCCCAUACCGGAGUCUUUCCUUUUUCUUACACCUACAAGGAUACAAAUGACAACUCUUUAGGUCCUAAUGGAGAUCUUAGGGUUUAUUUGGAAGGUGUGGGGACCACUGAAAAUGUAAAGACGUAUGUAGAGCAACAUCCAUUUGGUCAAAAUGCCAUUGAUAAAAGAAGCCCACGUUGGGCCUUUUACUCUAAGGUUCUUAAAGAUGUAUCUUAAUAAUAAAAAAAAUUUGGAUUCAUAAAUUUUUUUUUGAAAUGAAAUGGAUAAAUUCGGACAUAAUUUUGUUGCAGUCAGUGAUAUUUAUCACUGACUGUAACAAAGUUAUAUUUUGAUGUGGUUGUGUUGAAACUGGUUGAUUUCGGUUAUUUGGUUUGGGCUAUUUGUUUUCGGGCAUACAAUUGUCCGAAUUGGUUAAAUAUACUCAAACUGAAUUUCUCGAAUGAGUUAAUUGGUUUUGGUUUUAUUAAACCAAAUUUUGGUUUUUCUUUUUGUUAUUUGCAUUAUGUAUUUAUGUUGUUGUUUUUGUUUAGUUCAAAUGUUUGUAAAAUUUAAAUAUUAAAUUUAACUAUAUAGUUUUUUAUUAUAUUUUAAGUUUUUUACUUGA